AUGAUCUUUUACGAAGAAAACCAUAAAGCCAAGCAAUCAGAUCGAAAUCUGGCCACUCUUCAAAGUAUAAUUUCACGUUUCUAGGGUUUUCAACAGUGUAGUUUCCUUCAAUUUCUUUGUUUGUACCCCUCUGGUUCUUGGUGAUAUGAUCAAGUCGCGAAGGAAGGCGUGGCCUUCAUCAAGUCUAACUCCGCCCGCUGAGCCGCAAUCGGCGGGGGUUCCGAACGCUAGCAGUGGUGGCAAUCGUGGUAAGGGAAAAGCUGUUGCUUUUGCCCACGAUGUUAAUAAACUGCCACCGCCUCCUGUUGCUUCUCUUAGCGGCAAGGCCCCCCUGAACGUCGGGGUGGAAGACGAGGACAUGGAGGACUGGCGGCGGUUCAAGGAAGCUGGGUUGUUGGAUGAAGCCACUUUGGAAAGGCGGGACCAUGAGGCCCUUGUCGAAAGGCUCUCCAAUCUCGAAGGAGAGCUUUUGAAUUAUCAGUACAAUAUGGGACUGCUCCUCAUUGAGAAAAAAGAAUGGACAUCGAAGUGUGAAAAAUUAAAGCAAGAACUUGCUGAAAUUGAGGAGAUCCUCAGACGUGAGCAGGCGGCAAACAUGAUUGCAUUAUCUGAAGUUGAAAAACGGGAGGAAAACUUGACAAAAGCCUUAGCUGCUGAAAAGCAGUGUGUGGUAGAUCUUGAAAAAGCAUUGCGUGAUAUACAAGAAGAACAUGUCCAGGUUAAACUUAGUUCUGAUACAAAGUUGGCUAAUGCAAAUGCAUUGAUUUCUGGAAUUGAAGGAAAAUCCUUAGAGGUGGAAAAAAAACUGCGUGCUGCUGAUAGUAGGCUUGCAGAGGCCAAUAGAAAAAGUUCAGAAUUGGAAAUGAAAUUGCAGGAGAUAGAGGCUAGAGAAAGUGUUCUCCAAAGAGAGCAUCUCUCCUUAGUUGCAGAACGAGAAGCUCAUCAGGCAACUUUUUACAAACAGAGGGAAGACUUGAAUGAGUGGGAGAAGAUACUAAAGAAAGGAGAAGAGAAGUUGACUGAACUUCGGAGAAUGCUUAACCGGAGGGAGGAAAAGGCAAAUGAGAGUGAAAGCCUUUUCAAGCAGAAAGAGAAGAGCCUUGAAGAGCCAAAUAAUAUUGAUUUAUCCACAUUGAUUAAGGAGAUGGAAGAUGAUAUAGGCAAACGUUUCGCAGACUUGGUUUCAAAAGAAAAGGAAUCUGAGUCCAUGAGAAGUACCCUAGAGGCAAAAGAGAAGGAUCUAGUUGCAUUGGAAGAAAUGCUUACUGCUAGAGAAAGGGUGGAGAUUCAGAAACUUAUCGAUGAGCAAAGGGUUAUUCUAGAUGAAAUGCAGGAGUUUGAAUUGGAACUGGAAGAAAAGAGGAAGUCUGUUGAUGAGGAACUAGAAAGCAAGAUACAUGAAGUAAAGCAGCAGGAAGCUGAAGUUAAUCACAAGGAAGAAAAGUUGAGGAAGCAAGAACAGGCACUGGAUAAGAAGUUGGAGAGAAUGAAGGACAAAGAAAAGGACCUUGAGGUGAGGUUGAAAACAGUCAAGGAUAAAGAGAAAUUUUUGAAAACUGAGGAGGAAAGUUUGGAGUUGGAAAAGCAACAGCUGUACACUGCUAGAGAGAACUUACAGGCUCUCAAAGAUGAGAUUGAUAAGAUAAGUUCUGAAACUAGUCAACAAGAGUUGCGAAUUCGAGAAGAGUCUGAAAAGCUUAAAAUUACUGAACAGGAGAGAGCUGAACAUAACCGAUUGCAGUCUGAAUUGAAGCUGCAGAUAGUCAACUGCAGAUGUCAAGAGGAGUUACUUUUGAAGGAACAUGAAGACCUCAAACAGCAAAAGGAAAAUUUUGAGAAAGAGUGGGAUGUUUUGGAUGAAAAAAGAGCUGAGAUCCUUAUGCUGCAAAAGCAGAUUGACAAAGAAAAGGAAAAGUUUGGAAAGUUGCAACAUUCAGAGGAAGAAAGAUUGAAGAAAGAAGAAUCCACUAUGCAAAACUAUAUUACUAGGGAGAUGGAAUCAGUCAGGUUGCAGAAAGAAUCCUUUGAAGCCACAACGAAGCAUGAAAAAUCAAUUUUACUUGAAGAAGCUCAGAAUGAGCGAAUUAAAAUGCUUCAAGAUUUUGAGCUGCAGAAAAUGAAUCUUGAAACUGAUAUGCAGAAUAGAUUUGAUCGAAUGCGGAAAGAUCUGCAAGAAAGGAAUGACACAUUUGAGGAGGUGAAGGAGAGAGAACUUGCUAGUUUGAGAUGCUCAAAAGAAGAUGCUGAGAGGAAAGUGGAAGAACUUAAGUCUGCGAAGCGUGCUGUGGAAAGGGAAAAAAAUGAAGUUGCAGUUAACAGGGAUAAGCUGAAAGAGCAGCAGCUAGAAAUGCAGAAGGAUAUUGAUGAACUUGGUAUCCUUAGCAGCAGACUCAAAGAGCAGCGGCAACAGUUUAUCCGUGAAAGACAUAGCUUCCUUGAAUUUGUUGAGAAGUACAAGUCAUGCAAGAACUGUGGAGAAGUAACCAGGGACUUCGUACUCUCUAACUUCCAAAUUCCUGAUUUGCAGGAUACGGAAAUCCCUCUUCCUCGAUUAGCUGAUGAAACCUUAAGCCGUCAGCAAGGUUAUAUAGGUGGUUCUGGUGUUUCAAAUAUCAAGAGAUCUCCUGAAGCUGAUGCUGCAUAUCCAGAAUCUGCCAGGCGCAUAUCCUGGCUUCGCAAAUGCACUAAGUUUUUUAACAUUUCACCGACUAAGGGAAAUGAAAGUAAAGAUGACGGUCCUAGUAUGCUUACUGCUACAGAAGCAGGAGCUGGUAUUCAAGAAGAGGCAGGAGAGCCGGAUUUAGGGAUUCCAGGUGACUCCAUCCAUAACCAAUUGCUCCAAUCUAAUACGGUGAGAGAGGUGGGUGAUGAAUCUGUCCCAUCUGCUGAUCAGAGCUUUAGUGAGAGUAAGGUGCAAGAAAUUCCUGAAGAUUCUCAGCAGUCAGAGCAGAAGAGUGAUCACCGCAGUCACCGCAAACCUAGAAGAAAACAUAAAUCUGAACUGGGUCGAACACGCUCUGUGAAGGCUGUAGUUGAAGAAGCAAAACUAUUCCUUGGCAAAAACCUUGAAGGACCUGAGCCUAGUAAGAGGGUGCAGCCACAUGAAACCAGCCAUGUCAGUGAAGAAAGUGCUGGUGUUUCUGGCCAUACUGCCAAGGGGACAAGAGCACGCAGUAAUGCAAGAAAGCGGCAACUCCCACAAAAUUCGAAAGUUAGUGAGUUGGAUGCUGCAGACAGUGAAGGACACUCUGGGAGUGUCACAGCUGGUGGGAGAAGGAAGAGGCAACAAACAGUUGCUCCGGGCCUCUCAACCCCAGGAGAAAACCGAUACAAUCUCAGGCGAUCCAGGGGGUAAGUUCCAUUUUAUUUAGCACAAGCCUCAUCUGAUGUCUCGAAGACUAGGAAGGAGCCUGAUGAUGGUGGGUUGGAUGGAGAAGGGGAUACUGGGAACAGAAGAAAUAGGAAGGAGCCUGAUGAUGGUGCAUUGGAAGGAGAAGUGGAUACUGGGAAUAGAAGAUCUAAUUUAGUGCAGGUCAUGGCAUUGAAACAUGUGGAGAUUUUGGAAAGCAAGGCAGUUAAGAUCAAAACAAGUGUGGAUGUCGAUAACAACACAGUGGCAAAGUCAGUUGAGAAUGUGGAUUUGAUUGAGGAAGUAAAUGUUACAGCUGAAAAUGGUGAUGAAGAUGAGAGUGGGGACAAAAUCAACGAGGAUGAUGAAGAGUAUGAGGAUGAUUAUGAGAUGGAACAUCCAGGUGAUGUCUCAAUUGGAAGGAAAAUCUGGACAUUUUCACCUCAUGAAGGCUCGUAUUUUGUCUUUGUUUUUCUUCUUUCGAGACUGGAGAUGGAUUAUUCAAUUGUAUGCUAGCCUUUGACACAAUAAGGUAGCCAGAAUGUGCUUCAGCUUCUGAGCUUUGCAUUGUAUCUUUGUGUAUGGCUUAUUAGGUAUGUUUCCUGUCUGGAUUCCCCCAAAGGAAAGUGAUGUGCAAGUUGCAACAACAAUUAAUUUCUAGUUCAUUUUGUACACUAGAUUCUUUGUUUGAAAGUGAGUUAAACCUCAUAUUUAUCA